CCUCUCUCUUUGCGCUCGGCAGUUAUAAAGCUGGAGAGGGAUCUCGAUCUACAAUUAGUUUCCGCUUGAGUUUCACUUGAAUUUCGCUGCAUUUAUUCUCUCCCUUCUUUCUUGCCCCGUCUAAACCUAGGGUUUACGGGUCGAAUUAUUCAGAAUUCAGGCGGAUUCUUCGGAUUUUUUCUGCUUUCUGACGUCGAAGAUCUUUCUAAAUUAUGAAUCCAGUUCAUAAAUUAUGAAUCUAGCUGGAAUUUGGCGGCAAAUUCUAUAAUUGUCGAUAUGAUCCAGACGCCUUCGUCGUUUGGCUUCGAUUGUUUGGAUUCUUUUGAAUUCUAGGGUUUCUGAUCUGAAUUCAACACCAAAUGGAGUUCCAAGGUAAAAAAGCUACUCACGAUUUCCUCUCGCUUUACAACAAGGAUUCUUCAAUCCAGCUUCAAGAUUCAAGACCUCCACCUCAAGGGUUUUAUCUCAAGACCCACGACUUCCUCAAACCGCUGGAAAAGCCAGAGGAGGAGGCGGAUCCGGCCCAACAGCCGGGGCCCACGAAUCGCGCGGCGACUGCGGCGCACGUGCUUCCCGGUGGGAUCGGAACAUUCAGCCUAAGCCACGUGCCAGAGAAAGGUUCGCCUGCGGCCGGUGAAGCACAGCUCGUCACGUGCGCUCGUGAACCCGGUGGCGGGCUUCAUGCGGGUGCGGGAUUCGCGCUUUGGGACACGAAGGAGAACGGAUACAGAGGUCACUGGCCAUCGCCUUUCGUCGCCCGCGCCGCCACCAGGAGUCAAUCGGCGCAGGAUAAGAAGAGGUUCAUGGAUUCGGGGUCGAGAUCCAGUAGGGGUUUCGACGAGGAAGACGACGAUGACGAGGAGUUCGGGAAGAGAGAGGGAAUUUCGAGGAAAGUGGAGUUAGCUGUUAAAGUUGAUGGUAAAGGAGGACAUGAUCAGAAGGCGAUGACUCCGCGGUCGAAGCAUUCUGCUACAGAGCAGAGGCGGAGAAGCAAAAUCAAUGAUAGGUUUCAGAUACUUCGGGACCUCAUACCAAAUAGCGAUCAAAAGAGGGAUAAGGCAUCAUUCCUUUUGGAGGUUAUAGAAUAUAUCCGUUUUUUGCAAGAGAAGGUCAACAAAUAUGAGUCUUCAUACCCAGGAUGGAGUGAUGAAAAUGCCAAAUUAACACCAUGGCAGAAUACCAACCAGGUCACAAAAAAUGGUCACAGUCCAGGAUUCAUUUACUCUGUUGAUGACGACAGAGUUCCAGCAGCACCAGGAAUGAUCUCAACUGCUCAGAAUCCCUUAGAAUCCGACACUAGUGCUGGUGGUGUAUUAUAUAAAACUGUGGAAAAUCCUGUUGCCUUUACAAGCAAGGCCUCUUCAGCCCCCAUUCCUUCACAAUUAAAUUAUGCUUCUCUUGAAAGAGAGACUAGUGUUGGCCAGCCUCAGCAGAGGUUGAUCUCAGAUAUAGAUAGCUUAGCUUCUCAGUCACAGUCUCAGUGGUUGAGACCCUCAGGUCCUGUCGAUUGCAGUGAGAGUGGUGAAAUGUCUAAUGAACAAGAGGAGCUGACUAUUGAUGAAGGCACAAUUAAUGUCUCUACUGCUUACUCUCAGAAUAUGUUGAAUGCAUUAAAUCAGGCACUUGCGAGCUCUGGUAUAGAUCUGUCUCAAGCCAACAUCUCUGUACAGAUUAAUCUGGGCAAGCGAGCACCUAGGAGAGCUACUGCCACCACUAUGUCUAGUGCUAAGGAACUUGUUGAUCCCCUAUCUGGAAAUCGAUCAGCUAUCGAUCAUUAUAGAGUUGGGAGCAGCGGUGAGGAAUCAGAACAAGCUCUAAAGAGGCGGAGAUUGGAUAACAGUUGAUCUUCCCUCUUAUUCUCUAGUUCCUAUUCUAUUUUGCCCUCACCUUUGUCUCGGAGGACAAAUGUACAUGAGUUUAAUUAUCUUUGAGACUGAACGUUGGGGGGUAUUCUUUUCACUUUCUGCUUCUAUUGUUUCGUUGAGGCUUCGAUUAGCAAAUUGUGAAGCUGCUUUUGUUUCAGGCUUCCAUUCAUAUGAGAAGUUUCCGUUUCAUGGUGUUCGGUAGUUUCAGAAGUAUCCAUGAGUGUUUCUGUAUUAACUGUUUUAUUCAUGUGGAUUAAUGUUCUCCUAUGUAUACUGGAUUCCUAUUCAUGAUGUAUUAUUGUGUCAUUCUUGGGGAA